UGGUCGAUCCUGCUAUUACUUCUGCACUUCAAACAUUCAUUAAUGAAUUCAAACUUCGUGGCGCCAAAUUUAUUGAAAUUGAUAUUCCAGAAUUAGAAGAUGCUCGAAUAGCUCAUCUAACCACUUUUGCUUCCGAGUUAGGUUCCACUAUGAAUGGAUACAAAGGAUAUUUACAUUUAUUAAGUCUUCCUAAUAGAUUAAACAUUGAAAUAUGCAAUAAGGUGAACGCUUCGGAUUACAUCAAAGCACAAUAUGUUCGUACACGUAUGAUGCAUAAUAUUUCCGAAGUGUUCUCUAAAGCCAAUCUUAUUUUAACACCUACAUGUGCCAUAACUGCACCUCCAAUCUAUCCAAGAGAUUUAAAAUAUGGUGAAAUGAAUCCUGCAGUAGUAUCUAAUGGAGUAAUGUUUACACAAUUGGCCAAUUUUGUUGGUAUUCCUGCAAUUACAGUACCUGCAGGUUAUAAUAAUAAGAAUCUUCCUAUUGGAUUGCAAUUUAUGGCAAAAUGGUAUGAUGAAGCAACAUUAUUAAGAGUUGCGAAAGUCUCUGAAGAAAUAUUAGGAAGUAGAAGAUUAAAACCAUCAGAAAAAUAUUGGUUUGGUGAUUUAUUGUGA